AUGUAUACUAAUCUUGCUGUUUUCGCUCGUUUAUUUAUUAAUAAUCGUCGUUUUUGGAUACCAUGUAUGAUGCUGUUUUGUCUAUGUGCUCUAUCUAUUUUUCUACAACAGUCAAAUCAAGUAGAAACAUCUCUUUCUACACAACGGUCACAUGACUUUCCAUAUUCAUAUUCGAAUUCGUUGACAUAUGAUGAGGUGAAAUCUUUACUGGAUCAAUUAUUUGAUUCUGAAAUUCCGCUUGUUGAUCUACAAUCAAUAUGGAAUAAAAUAAUUGAAAUUUGGAAACAAAUUUUAAAAAAAUUUCUUCGUGAUGCUUGUGAAUUAUGCCAUGAAAAUGAUUCCUAUUGUUAUGAAUCUAUUGAUUUAAAUCGUUAUGUUUAUUAUAUAAAUGAAUCGUUUUAUCCAAUAAAUGAAAGUAAACGUCCAGUUGGUAUGGGUAUUUAUUAUUAUUUUGAUUUAAAAACAUUACGUUCAGUUAAUAAUUCCAUAUUACCGACCGAUGUUUCAUAUUGUGAUUAUUUUCAUAUGAUGCAAUUAAUGAUUAAUGUUCAAACUAUUUUACAUCAAGCACAAAUUAAAUAUUUUCUUACUAAAGGUACAUUAAUUGGUGUUCUUCGUCAUCAUGAUGUUAUACCAUGGGAUACUGAUAUUGAUUUAUUUAUUCCAUCGUCUGCAACACAAAAAAUACUUAACUCAUUUCGUCAAGUUAAUUCAACAUCAGUCAAAACUCCAAUCAAGCCUUCAAAUAAUACAACAACAACAACAACAACUCCAAAAAGUACAACAAUAAGAAUGUCUAAAGAUCGAGCAUCUUUUCAUAAUGAUUUAGUUGUUUAUCGUUUUAAAAAUAUUCAUCGAGUAACAUCGUAUAAAAUUUUCUCUCUUCGUUCGCCACUUGUUAAUAAAACUAAUUAUCGGUGGCCUAAAAUUGAUAUAUUUCCAUAUGAAGAAAACAAAACACAUAUAUAUGCAUAUCCAAAACAUCAACAUAAUCUUGGUACGAUGAAUUAUCUGGCUAAAUCUGAUCUUGAGCCAAUUUAUCUGCGUAUAUUAGGCCCACUACUUGUACCUAGUCCACGUCAUCUUCGUUUAUCAUUAAAAGCAAUGAUAAAAUUAGGUCGUUCAAAUUUAUUUUACGCUUGCGAAGGAAAUACAUUUUUACAUCGGUAUAAUCGUGGCCCAACAGAAACUUGGCGUGUACCAUGUAAAGAAUUGCAUAGAACGUAUCCAUUUGUUCAAAAUGAACGUAAUCUUACAACCAGUUUAUGUUUUGAAGAGCUUAAAUUUCCUCAGUUAAAUCAAAGUUUAAGUUUAUAUCAAUAUCGAUGCGCUGAAGAUUUACGAAGAACAUUAUAG